UCUGCCUGUUUUGGGGAGGCUGCUGCGACGAGGAGUGCACCCCGCCCCGAGCCUUGUGGUUCCGACUCGGCAGCAGCGGUGUGUGUUUAUUGCCAAGAGCGAAGCAGUUACUCCUGGGGCGCCGGGGACUGGGAGGGGUUGGCGGCUGGGACGGAAGCACAGGGAAAGGCGGGGCCGCGCCAGGAACUAGCGUAGCUUCUGUCGUUAGGGCACCCUCUUUCCUUGCUAAAUACCGACUCCCCCGUCCAUGUGGUGGUGUGUGUGCACUUGCCAGUCUGCUUGAGAGUGAAGAUCUCGAAGGAUUGCAUAGUUAAGUUGCUUUUACAGAAUUAACAGGUCUCCAAGAAAUAAAAAAAGGUCAUUAUUGCUGUGGUUUGAGCUCAGCAUGGCUGUAGUCAUCCGUUUACUGGGGCUUCCUUUUAUUGCGGGGCCUGUGGAUAUUCGUCACUUCUUCACGGGAUUGACUAUUCCUGAUGGAGGAGUGCAUAUAAUUGGAGGGGAAGUUGGGGAGGCUUUUAUUAUUUUUGCAACAGAUGAAGAUGCAAGACGUGCCAUAAGUCGUUCAGGAGGGUUUAUCAAGGAUUCAUCUGUAGAGCUUUUUCUUAGUAGUAAGGCAGAAAUGCAGAAGACUAUAGAAAUGAAAAGAACUGAUCGCAUGGGAAGAGAGAGACCAGGAUCUGGGGCACCAGGGGUUGGCAGCUUAUCUAAUUUUGUUGAGGCUAUUAAAGAAGAAGCAAGUAAUUCUGGAUAUGGCUCUCCGAUUAAUCAAGAUGCUGGGUUUCAUACUAAUGGUACAGGACAAGGUGAUUUAAGGCCAAGAAAGACACGGCCAUUGAAGGCAGAGAAUCCUUACUUGUUUCUGCGAGGCUUGCCUUACUUAGUAAACGAAGAUGAUGUACGUGUCUUUUUCUCUGGUUUGUGUGUGGAUGGAGUAAUUUUCUUAAAGCAUCAUGAUGGCCGAAAUAAUGGUGAUGCCAUAGUAAAAUUUGCUUCAUGUAUCGAUGCUUCAGGAGGUCUUAAAUGUCAUAGAAGUUUUAUGGGCUCAAGAUUUAUUGAAGUAAUGCAAGGCUCGGAACAACAGUGGAUUGAGUUUGGAGGUAAUGCAGUUAAGGAGGGUGACAUUUCUAUGAGGACUGAAGAACAUUCUCCACCAAGAGGAAUUAAUGAUAGACAUUUUUGGAAACGAUCUCAUUCAAAAUCUCCCAGAAGAACACGUUCUCGUUCUCCUCUUGGAUUUUAUGUUCACUUAAAAAAUCUGUCCCUAAGUAUUAACAAAAGAGAUUUAAGAAAUUUCUUUAGAGAUACUGAUCUGACUAAUGAACAGAUUAGGUUUUUAUAUAAGGAUGAAAGAAGAACAAGAUAUGCCUUUGUGAUGUUCAAGACUCUGAAAGACUAUAACACUGCUCUGGGUUUACAUAAGACUGUUUUACAGUAUCGUCCAGUUCAUAUUGAUCCAGUUUCUAGAAAACAGAUGCUGAAGUUCAUUGAAUGUUAUGAAAAGAAAAGACCAGCGUCAACAGAGAAAGAGAGGCUUGGACACGUUUCACAAAAAUACUCUCAAGAAGGCUAUUCUGGCCAGAAACUGUGCAUAUAUAUAAGAAAUUUUCCAUUUGAUGUUACAAAAGUUGAAGUGCAGAAGUUCUUUGCAGACUUUUCUCUUGCUGAGGAUGACAUUUACUUGCUUUAUGAUGACAAAGGAGUUGGUCUAGGAGAAGCAUUGGUGAAAUUCAGAUCAGAAGAACAGGCCGUGAAAGCUGAACGUUUAAACCGACGAAGAUUCUUGGGGACAGAGGUAUUGUUAAGGCUCAUAUCUGAGGUACAAAUGCGGGAGUUUGGUGUAAAUUUUUCUUCAAUGUCCAGUGAGAGGAUGCAUGACCAUUCACAGUCAUGUGAUAGAGAUGAUCAUUCCCAUUCAUUUGACUCAAAUGAUCUACCAUUAUACUCGGUUGGCCCUUCUGAAAACUUUAGGCAUCAGCAAGAGGACUUGAGGCAACUGGACAAUUUCAAGCAUCCCCAGGGGGAUUUCCGACCUCCUGAAAGGCGCCCUCCAGAAGACUUUAGGCAUUCCCCAGAGGAUUUCAGGCACUCCCCUGAAGACUUCAGGCGCCUUCGGGAGGAACACUUCAGGCGGCCUCCUGAGGAGGACUUCAGGCGCCCUUGGGAAGAGGACUUCAGACACUCUCCGGAGGAGGAUUUCAGGCGCUCUCGGGAGGAGGACUGGAGGCGGCCACCGGAGGAGGAUUUCAGGCGGCCUCCCAAGGAAGACUUCAGGAGACCCCCUGAGGAGGACUGGAGGCGGCCCCCCCAGGGAGACUUCAGGAGGCCACCUGAGGAGGAUUGGAGACGGCCUCCUGAGGAGGACUUCAGACGGCUUCCCCCGGGGGAAUGGAGGCGACCACCUGAGGAAGACUUCCGGCGGCCCCCUGAGGAGGAUUUCAGGCGACUUCCAGAGGAAGACUUCCGGCGACCUCCUGAGGAGGACUUCAGGCGGCCCCACGAGGAGGACUUCAGGCGGUCUCCUGAGGAGGAUUUCCGGCGUUCUCCUGAGAAGGACUUCCGGCGGCCACCCGCGGAACACUUCCGGCGGCCGCCCCCAGAGCACUUCCGGCGGCCGCCCCCGGAGCACUUCCGGCGGCCGCCUCAGGAGCAUUUCCGGCGGCCGCCCCAGGAGCAUUUCCGACGGCCGCCCCAGGAGCAUUUCAGACGGCCGCCUCAGGAACAUUUCAGGCGGCCAUCCCAGGAGCAUUUUAGGCGCCCCCGAGAGGAAGAUUUUAGGCACCCACUGGAUGAAGAUUUCAGGGGCCCUCCAGAUGAAGAUUUUAGGCACCCUCCUGAUGAGGACUUCAGGAGUCCCCAGGAGGAAGAUUUUAGAAGCCCUUCUGAUGAGGACUUCAGGCGGCUCCCGGAGGAAGACCUCAGGGAAGCUCCGGAGGAGGACCCUAGACUUACUGACAGUUUUAGACUUCCUGGUGAGGAGUUUAGGAGCCCCCCUGAUGAUUUUAGAAGUCAUCGCCCUUUUGUGAAUUUUGGUCGCCCAGAAGGUGGCAAGUUUGAUUUUGGAAAGCGUAAUAUGGGAAGUUUUCCUGAGGGGAGAUUUAUGCCUGAUCCAAAAUUAAAUUGUAAUUCAGGUAGAGUAACACCCAUUAAGAUAAUGAAUCUUCCAUUUAAAGCUAAUGUUAAUGAAAUUCUAGACUUUUUCCAUGGUUACAGAAUCAUACCUGAUUCAGUUUCAAUACAGUAUAACGAGCAAGGAUUACCUACAGGGGAAGCCAUUGUUGCCAUGAUAAACUACAAUGAAGCUAUGGCUGCUAUUAAAGAUCUGAAUGAUAGGCCAGUUGGCCCCCGCAAAGUUAAGUUAAUUUUGCUCUAGAGAGCAUUUCUAAAUUCAGAAUUACCUCCCCACAGUGUUGAUGCAGUAAAAUGCAUUUUUUUAAGUGUUUAUUUUUAACUAAUGAAACAUUUUAAUUUUGACCUGUGAAUAGAACAAAUGUAAAUAGUAGAAUGUGAAUCUGGUUUUCUUUUGCUUGCAAAUUGUCGUUCACUUUUUCUAACUUAAAAAUAUAUAUGCCUUUUUUUUUGACCAGUGGGGGAGAAAACUAAUUCCCUGAGUGCAUUAAUUUUUGUUGAUGUCAUGGGUAAACGACAAGACUUGUAUAGUAGAACUGUAUUUGGGGAAGAUAAGUUUUAUAUUCACUUUUGUUUCCAUUCUGUAGUCUACAUCUUUUUACUCAAACUGUAUAAGGAAAUGGUCAGUGACUGAUUGUUCAGGGUUAGCAUUUUCAUUGCUAACUGCCUGCAGAAUUAAUGCCCUCUUCCUCGUCUGAGAUAUUACUGUGUUAAGCCUCCCCUUAAUCAUAAAUAGUUCAAAAUUGACAGACUGUGAACUUGAAGUUUACUUAUGUAAAAAGCUUAGGAAAU